UACUGUAACUCUACAUACUGUAGCUCUACAUACUGUAGCUCUACAUGCUGUAACUCUACAUGCUGUAACUCUACAUGCUGUAACUCUACAUGCUGUAGCUCUACAUGCUGUAACUCUACAUACUGUAGCUCUACAUACUGUAGCUCUACAUGCUGUAACUCUACAUGCUGUAGCUCUACAUACUGUAGCUCUACAUACUGUAGCUCUACAUGCUGUAACUGUACAUACUGUAACUCUACAUGCUGUAACUCUACAUACUGUAACUCUACAUACUGUAGCUCUACAUGCUGUAGCUCUACAUGCUGUAACUCUACAUGCUGUAACUCUACAUGCUGUAACUCUACAUGCUGUAGCUCUACAUGCUGUAGCUCUACAUGCUGUAACUCUACAUGCUUAUUGACCUUCUUUCCCAAGCACUCCACCUGUUUUUCCUCUCCUCCCACUCCACUGUAG